AGUGACUCCCUUUGUUUUGUAGAUGACAUGGCAGAACUCCUCCUGGGGGAGUCGAAGCUGGAGCAGUACCUGAAGGAACAUCCGCUGAGGCAGGGGGCCAGUCCCCGAGGCCCCAAGCCCCAGCUGACCGAGGUCCGCAAGCAUCUGACCGCCGCCCUAGACCGAGGGAACCUCAAGUCAGAAUUCCUACAAGAGUCCAAUCUGAUCAUGGCCAAGCUGAAUUAUGUGGAAGGAGAUUAUAAAGAAGCUCUGAACAUUUACGCCCGGGCGGGCCUUGAUGACCUGCCACUGACAGCUGUCCCUCCGUACAGGCUGCGGAUGAUUGCAGAAUCCUACGCCACCAAAGGACUCUGUUUAGAGAAGUUGCCUAUUUCGUCUUCCACCAGUAAUCUCCACAUGGACCGGGAGCAGGAUGUCAUCACCUGUUACGAGAAAGCCGGGGACAUAGCCCUCUUGUACCUCCAGGAGAUAGAAAAGGUAAUACUUACUAAUAUCCAAAACAGAAGUCCUAAGCCCGGCCCUGCUCCCCACGAUCAAGAACUAGGUUUUUUCCUAGAAACAGGACUUCAGAGAGCCCAUGUCCUCUAUUUCAAAAAUGGGAUAGAUGUGCAUGGAGACCAACAGAACUUGACAAGAGGAGUCGGGAGAUUUAGAGAGCUUCUCAGAGCGGUGGAAACGAGAACAACACAAAACCUGCGAAUGACCAUAGCCAGGCAGCUGGCGGAGAUCUUGUUGCGGGGUAUGUGUGAGCAGAGCUACUGGAACCCCCUGGAGGACCCUCCGUGCCAGUCACCCCUGGAUGAUCCUCUCCGAAAAGGAGCAAACACCAAGACCUACACCCUCACUCGCCGGGCUCGUGUCUACUCAGGAGAGAACAUUUUUUGUCCUCAAGAAAACACUGAAGAGGCCCUGUUGCUGCUGCUGAUUAGUGAAUCAAUGGCCAACCGGGAUGCUGUGCUGAGCAGGACACCUGAGCACAGGAGUGACCGCCUCAUCAGUUUGCAGAGCGCGUCUGUGGUCUAUGACUUGCUGACCAUUGCCCUUGGAAGAAGAGGCCAGUAUGAGAUGCUGUCAGAGUGCUUAGAAAGAGCCAUGAAGUUCGCCUUCGAGGAAUUCCACCUCUGGUACCAGUUUGCUCUGUCACUGAUGGCUGCUGGAAAGUCUGCUCGGGCCGUGAAGGUGCUGAAAGAGUGUAUCCGCCUGAAGCCGGACGACGCCACCAUCCCGCUGCUCGCCGCCAAGCUGUGCAUGGGCUCCCUGCACUGGUUAGAAGAGGCUGAGAAGUUUGCCAAAACAGUCGUUGAUGUAGGAGAGAAAACGUCAGAGUUCAAGGCCAAAGGCUACUUGGCUCUGGGGCUCACGUACAGUCUGCAGGCCACUGACGCUUCUUUGCGAGGGAUGCAGGAGGUCCUACAGAGAAAGGCGCUUCUUGCAUUUCAGAGGGCCCACAGCCUGUCACCUACUGAUCACCAAGCAGCUUUCUACCUGGCUCUGCAGCUUGCCAUCUCCAGACAGAUACCAGAGGCUCUAGGGUACGUCCGCCAAGCUCUUCAACUUCAAGGCGAUGAUGCCAACUCCCUGCACCUCCUAGCCCUCUUACUGUCAGCACAAAAGCAUUACCAUGACGCGCUCAACAUCAUCGACAUGGCCCUGAGUGAAUACCCCGAAAAUUUUAUACUACUGUUUUCCAAAGUGAAGUUGGAGUCCCUCUGCCGGGGCCCGGAUGAAGCACUGCUCACCUGUAAGCACAUGUUACAGAUAUGGAAAUCCUGCUACAACCUGACCAAUCCCAGUGACUCUGGACGUGGGAGCAGCCUCUUAGACAGAACUAUCGCCGACAGACGACAGCUUAACACAAUCACUUUGCCAGACUUCAGUGAUCCCGAGACAGGCAACUCUCCAGAAGCAUACUUUCAUGGUUUUCCUUCCCUUUUUUCAGUUAGCUCUGUCCACGCCACGUCAGUAGCAGCCUCGAGAGUGGAGCAGGCACUGUCAGAAGUGGCCUCAUCUCUGCAGAGCAGUGCCCCCAAGCAGGGCCCACUACAUCCCUGGAUGACGUUGGCACAGAUCUGGCUCCACGCAGCUGAAGUCUACAUUGGUCUUGGGAAGCCUGCGGAAGCCACAGCCUGUACCCAGGAAGCUGCCAACCUCUUCCCAAUGUCCCACAAUGUCCUGUACAUGCGGGGCCAGGUCGCGGAGCUCCGUGGGAACGUGGAUGAAGCGCAGCGGUGGUAUGAGGAAGCCUUGUCCAUCAGCCCCACCCACGUGAAGAGCAUGCAGCGGCUGGCGCUGAUCCUUCACCAGCUGGGCCGCUACAGCCUGGCAGAGAAGAUCCUCCGGGACGCGGUGCAGGUGAACUCGACAGCCCACGAGGUGUGGAACGGGCUGGGCGAGGUCCUCCAAGCUCAGGGCAACGACGCUGCGGCCACCGAGUGCUUCCUGACGGCCCUGGAGCUGGAGGCCAGCAGCCCGGCCGUGCCCUUCACCAUCAUCCCCCGCGUGCUCUGAGCAGGCCCUGCCUCACCUGCCUUGCUCGCCAAGGACGCUCUGCCUGGGCCCGGGGAGCACCCUGUGGCCCGGGGGUGGCUCUGCCGCUCCGAGGCCCCGGGGGAUGUCCCACUGACCACAGCGAGCUCACCAACCACCCCAUCGCCACUCGCUCCUCGCGCGUCCCUCUGCUGUUGGGCCAGCUUGGUGACAGUCUCUGAACCUUCUGGCGGGGCUCACAGGGAUUAUGUGCCAUAUCUGGUUAGCUGACAUCUGAGUUUUAAGUGAAAUGAUUAUGGAGUUAAUCAGCCAAUGUAGAAGCGUAGAUUCAAAGGUGAGACUCAGUGGCAGAACAGAUUAUUUUUAUCAGAGCUGUAAAGAAGACAACUGUCUGUCCUCUGCUCGGCCACCACAGCCCAGAAACCAAAUGUGAAUCCUCUGUUCCCACCUCAGCACCCGUCCACGCCAGGACACCAGCUGGCGGUUUCUCGGUUUAUUGUCCAUAAUUGUACCCUGUGAAGAAUUACUGUUCUCCUCACUUAGAACAAAGCCUGAGUCCAAGAAUAUUUAUAUUUUACCAAUAUAUGCCUGUUACAAGAGAAGGAAAUAUGAGUUAUUUAAGUUUAACUUUUUUAUGUGAAUUCAGAGUUUAUUUAUGGAUGGAAAUAUGUACAAAGAAGCUUCAAAUGGAAUAUUUACCGACAUUCCUUAUACAUGGCAGACACUUGGCUAAAUGGGAAGAUGAUGUUAAUAAAAAAAUGAUUUUUAAAUGGA